AUGUCGUUUCGAGGAGGCCGUGGUGGUGGUCGAGGUGGUGGUCGAGGUGGUGGUCGAGGGGGGUUUGGUCGAGGAGAACUACCCCCGAUGGGUCUCACAUUCGCCGAUAUUCAGACUAUGUCUCGCGAAGGAACUGCACUAUACCCUCCAAGGAACCCGCUUCCCGUCUUGGAGGCAUUAAAACCAUCGGAGAAGAGGGUCUACGAACUACAAAUUGGCUUUGAGACCCGUUUGCGCCAAUCCGAAUAUUAUCUCGUCGAAAAUGUCGUCUCGAAUGAUCUGCCUAGAUACUCUGACAAAUAUCUGACUACCGCAACCACUCAUCCGCCUCUCAAAAGGAAGCAUUUCAACUCGACGUUCUUCCCUGCAGAGAUAUAUGAAGCUUACUUCAACCCUCGCAAGAAACGCAAAGGCACCGCUCCCAACGUCCCUACAACUAAGCGCAUGAACCUCGAUGAAAUGAACGACGACGACGAGAUGGAAAAAUCCGGCGACGAACACUCCGAUGCUGGGUCGCAAGCAGAGGCCGAGGAUUACGAUGUCGACGAAGAAUACGACAACGACUAUGCCGAAAAUUACUUUGACAAUGGCGAGGGUGACGAUAUGGAUAACUUGGGCGAUGGCGGCGGCGAUGAUAUGGGUGGAGGUGGAGGGGACUAUGACUGA